AUGGCGGACCGAGAGGCGUCGCCGAUACCGUUGGAGGUGCGAGCCCGGCUGGCGGAGCUGGAGCUGGAGCUGUCGGAAGGCGACAUCACUCAGAAGGGUUAUGAGAAGAAGAGGUCCAAGCUGAUCAGGGCCUAUGUCCCACAUGCUGGAGGUAUGGAAGGGUCCAUGUCUCACAGGCCUCACCUCGGCCCACCUGCUGCUGCUCGCUUCCAUAGGCGACGCACCUCUGGCACACGAGAUGAGCGCUACAGAUCAGAUGUUCACACUGAAGCAGUACAGGCCGUGUUGGCAAGGCAUGUAGAGAGGAAGGUUGCGGUGCCCAUGCCCUCCAAACGACGAUCUCUGGUAGUACAGACCUCAAUGGAUGCAUACACACCCCCAGACUCGUCGUCGGGCUCAGAGGAGGAGGCGGGGCCUGGCGACGACAUGUCGGGCAUGGAACACUGGAUGAGCCGCCCUGCCCAGUUAGGCCCCGCCCACCUGGGCUCCACCUCGUCCUCGUCCUCGUCGACGCAAAGCGGAGGCAGUGGGAACGCGGGGCGCCUGGCUGACUCGCUGGCGCAUACGCACAUCACACACUCACACCCAGAGAACCACUCGGCUCCCCCAGACGUGACUGGAUAUUCGUCCGACUCACCCCAUUCCCACACGGAGCGCCACCACAUGGCCAACAUGGGAACCAUUGCCAGAAACACGCAAAAGUAUGGCAACGCGGAACGCAUGGAGACAGGAGAUGGUGUCCCGGUAAGCAGUCGCGUGUCAGCGAAGAUACAGCAGCUAGUGAACACUCUUAAACAGCCGCGCAGACCGCCAUUACGGGAGUUUUUUGUAGACGAUUUUGAUGAGCUUUUAGAGGUCCAGCAACCGGAUCCUAAUCAGCCACGGCCAGAGGGGGCAGAGAUGAUGCCAGUGCGAGGUGAAGCCCUGGGUGUGGUCACCAACUGGCCCCCUUCCUUGGAGGCGGCCCUUCAACGAUGGGGAACCAUCUCCCCUAAAGCCCCCUGCCUCACUAGCCUGGACACGGCAGGAAAGCCCCUCUACGUGCUGACAUAUGGGAAGCUGUGGUCUCGUAGCAUCAAGCUGGCCUACAACAUCCUCCACAAGCUGGGCAGCAAGCAGGAGCCCAUGGUGCGACCGGGGGACAGGGUUGCACUAGUGUUUCCUAACAACGACCCUGUGGCCUUUAUGGUGGCUUUCUACAGUUGUCUGCUGGCUGAGGUGGUCCCUGUACCCAUAGAGGUGCCCCUCACUCGUAAGGAUGCUGGCAGCCAGCAGAUCGGAUUCCUAUUGGGCAGCUGUGGUGUUACCGUGGCGCUGACCAGCGAUGCAUGCCAUAAAGGCCUGCCCAAGAGUGCCACUGGGGAGAUCCCACAGUUCAAAGGCUGGCCUAAGUUGUUGUGGUUUGUAACAGAGUCCAAGCACCUUUCCAAACCUCCCAGAGACUGGUUUCCUCAUAUAAAAGAUGCAAACAAUGACACAGCUUACAUAGAGUAUAAGACGUGUAAAGAUGGCAGCGUCCUGGGUGUCACGGUGAUGAGGAUUGCUCUGCUAACACACUGCCAGGCACUCACCCAGUCCUGCUGCUACACAGAGGCGGAGACCAUUGUGAAUGUUCUCGACUUUAAGAAGGAUGUGGGCCUGUGGCAUGGCAUCCUCACGAGUGUGAUGAACAUGAUGCAUGUGAUCAGUGUGCCCUACUCCUUGAUGAAGGUCAACCCUCUUUCCUGGAUCCAGAAGGUCUGCCAGUACAAAGCCAAGGUUGCGUGUGUGAAGUCCCGAGACAUGCACUGGGCGCUGGUGGCCCACAAAGACCAGAAGGACAUCAACCUGAGCUCGCUCCGUAUGCUGCUGGUUGCUGAUGGAUCCAACCCUUGGUCCAUCUCAUCAUGUGAUGCUUUCCUAAAUGUGUUCCAGAGCAAAGGGUUGAGGGCAGAGGUCAUCUGCCCCUGUGCCAGCUCCCCUGAAGCACUCACUGUAGCCAUCAGGAGGCCGGUGGAGGACAGCAGCCAGCCCCCAGGUCGGGGGGUUCUAUCUAUGCAGGGUCUGAGUCACGGGGUGGUCCGGGUCGACACAGAAGAACGCCUCUCAGUGCUCACCGUCCAAGAUGUUGGCACUGUCAUGCCAGGAGCCCUGGUUUGUGUGGUGAAACCGGAGGGCGUUCCUUUGCUGUGCCGCACCGAUGAGAUCGGGGAGCUGUGUGUGUGUUCUGUUGCCACCGGCACCUCAUACUAUGGCCUCACCGGCAUGACCAAGAACACGUUUGAGGUUUAUCCAGUGAGCUCUAGUGGGGGGCUGAUCAGUGAGUAUGCCUUCGUUCGAACAGGACUGCUGGGCUUCAUUGGCCCAGGCGGUCUGGUCUUCAUCUCCGGUAAGAUGGACGGACUCAUCAUGGUGAGUGGGCGGAGACAUAAUGCAGAUGACAUUGUUGCCACGGCGCUGGCAGUUGAGCCAAUGAAAUUCGUCUACAGGGGCAGGAUUGCGGUGUUUUCAGUGACAGUGCUGAGAGAUGAGAGGAUUGUGGUGGUGGCUGAACAGAGGCCUGACUCCACAGAGGAGGACAGCUUCCAAUGGAUGAGCCGUGUGCUGCAGGCGAUAGACAGUAUCCACGGGGUCGGGGUGUUCUGCCUCGCCCUGGUUCCCGCCAACACCCUCCCUAAGACGCCGCUGGGGGGCAUCCACCUGUCUGAGACCAAGCAGCUGUACCUGGAGGGGGGGCUGCACCCCUGCAAUGUCCUCAUGUGCCCCCACACCUGUGUCACCAACCUGCCCAAACCGCGACAGAAGCAGCCAGAGAUUGGGCCUGCCUCUGUGAUGGUAGGGAAUCUGGUAUCAGGAAAGAGGAUUGCCCAGGCCAGUGGCAGAGACUUGGGACAGACUGAUGACAAUGACCAGUUCCUGUUCCUGUCAGAGGUUCUGCAGUGGAGAGCUCAGACUACACCGGACCACAUUCUCUACACUCUGCUCAGUUCACGGGGGGCGGUGUCCAGCUCGCUGACCUGUCUGCAGCUUCAUAAGAGGGCAGAACGAGUGGCAGCCCUGUUGCUUGAAAGAGGGGGUCUUCAGGAAGGAGACCACGUAGCACUGGUAUACCCACCAGGUAUAGACCUGAUAGCGGCAUUCUACGGCUGUCUGUACGCCGGCUGUGUUCCUAUCACAGUGCGACCACCCCACCCCCAGAACAUUUCCACCACGCUGCCCACCGUCAAGAUGAUUGUCGAGGUCAGUCGCUCAGCCUGUGUGAUGACCACAGCGGUUAUCUGUAAGCUGCUCCGCUCUAAAGAGGCCAUGGCCACGGUGGAUAUCAGGAACUGGCCUCCUGUCCUGGACACUGACGACCUGCCAAAGAAAAAGCCUCCAGCGUUGUAUAAGCCAACCAACCCAGACGGCUUGGCUUAUCUGGACUUCAGUGUGUCCACCACGGGCAUGUUGGCCGGAGUACAGAUGUCCCAUAAUGCCGUGGGAGCCUUCUGUCGGUCAGUUAAACUGCAGUGUGAGCUAUACCCAUCCAGAGAAGUGGCCAUCUGCCUGGACCCAUACUGUGGCCUGGGCUUUGUUCUCUGGUGUCUUUGCAGUGUGUAUUCGGGCCACCAGUCCAUCCUGAUCCCACCGGUGGAGCUAGAGUCUAACCCGGCCUUGUGGCUGCUGGCUGUCAGCCAGCUGCGGGUACGAGACACCUUCUGUUCCUACAGCGUCAUGGAGCUCUGCACCAAAGGCCUGGGCUUGCAGACUGAGGCACUCAAGGCUCGGGGUCUGGACCUGUCCCGUGUGCGGGCCUGUGUCGUGGUGGCAGAGGAGAGGCCCAGGAUGUCUCUCACACAUUCCUUCUCCAAGCUCUUCAAAGACCUCGGCCUCCACCCCCGGUCUGUCAGUACUGCCUUCGGCUGCAGGGUCAACCUAGCCAUCUGCCUGCAGGUAGCACACAAUUAUGACAAGUCUGUGAUCACAUGCUUACCCUGUCUGUGUUGUGAUUGGGUACAGGGCACUUCCGGACCCGACCCCACUACAGUGUAUGUGGAUAUGAGAGCACUUCGUCAUGAUAGGGUGAGGUUGGUGGAGAGAGGGUCACCUCACAGCCUUCCCCUUAUGGAGUCUGGAAAGAUCUUACCUGGAGUCCGCAUCAUCAUCGCCAACCCUGAGACCAAGGGACCCUUGGGAGACUCACACCUCGGAGAGAUCUGGGUGCACAGUGCCCAUAAUGGCAGUGGCUACUACAUUGGCUACGGGGAUGAGAUGCUCCAGUCGGAUCACUUCAACUCCAGGCUCAGCUUCGGAGACACUCAGACCAUCUGGGCCAGAACCGGCUACCUGGGCUUCCUGCGCCGCACUGAGCUCACAGAUGCCAGCGGAGAGAGACAUGAUGCGCUAUAUGUGGUGGGAGCUCUGGAGGAGGCCAUGGAGCUGAGGGGCAUGAGGUACCACCCGAUUGACAUCGAAACCUCUGUCAUCCGCACACACAAGAGCAUCAUGGAGUGCGCGGUGUUUCCUUGGACCAACCUGUUGGUGGUGGUAGUGGAAUUGGAGGGCUCUGAACAGGAGGCCCUGGACCUGGUUCCCAUGGUGACCAAAGCUGUGCUGGAGGAACACUACCUGAUCGUGGGCGUGGUCGUGGUUACUGACAUCGGGGUCAUCCCCAUCAACUCGCGUGGCGAAAAGCAGCGCAUGCACCUCCGUGAUGGCUUCUUACAAGACCAGCUGGACCCCAUCUAUGUGGCCUACAACAUGUAGCCUGUGUGCACCUAUGGGUCUGAAUGCGUG